AUGGUGGCGACGACUCUGAUGAAGACGGCCCGUGGAACGCACGUCCUCGACAUCCACGGCUUCAGCAGCGUGAGGAAGAAACAAUGUGACGCAGAUGGCUUUCUGUACUCGCCGACCUUCACAGGGUCGGACUACGUGGCCGCCUUCGUCGAGCUAGUGACCGAGGGCGCCGUGGCUUGGGCGCGCGUCGGGUUCGGGCUGGUCGACCAGACCACCGACGAGACGGUGCCGUUGUUCCGCGAGAAGGACCCGAUCUUGUUCGAAGCAAGCAGCGAGGACACGUGCACCUGGGGCACCGGCGAGCUCGCCAGGAGGAGCCACCUCCAUGCCGGCUCGCGCUACGUCCUCGGCGACCGCCUUAAGAUCGAGUGUGUCAUCGACGUCUGCGGCGACUUCCUCACCUUCGACGACCCGCCACCAACGCCGUCCUCCGGCCUGCCGCUCUUGCAGCAAGUCGGCUACGGCAAGGGGGAGCCGGACGUGAUCAUCCAAGUCGAAGGAGGGACGAUCGGCGCGUACUACUGCAUCCUCGACGCUCGGGCACCUGGCUUCCUCAAGCACCACAUCCACACAGCGACGGCGCGCAGUGACGGGAAGGUGCAAAUCUUCAUGGACGGCGGAGACAUGCCGGCACCGUCGGUCUGGGCGCUGGUCCAGUUCGCCUACACGGACGCGCUGCCCGUCCUGGGUGGCCUUGAUGGCGCCGGUCACAAGGCGAUGAUCCGGCACCUCCUUAUCGCCGCCGAGCGGUACGGCAUGGGCAGGCUAAGGGCGAUCUGCGAGCGUGUCCUGUGCAAGAGCCUCGACGUCGAGACCGUGGCAGCCACGCUGGCCAUGGCCGACCGACACGGCUUCAAGAAGCUGAGUGAAGCUUGCGCCGAGUUCAUGGCUUGUCCCUGA